AUGGGAGAGAAUAAGCAACCUUCCGACACGGACUCGGAUGUCGACAACUAUAAUGGCGAUAACAAGACAACACCUUUCGAUGAGAAAGAAGAUGAUCAAUACUUGGACAGUUGGCGGGGAUGGCUAGUGGUAGCAGCCGCUUCAUGUUCUCUUUUCAUCUAUUUAGGAGUAAUUUACUCCUGGGGUGUAUUAGCAGCGGAACUGGUGAAGACGACCUCAUUUUCAUUAACAACGUUGACAUUCGUCGGCUCCCUGGCUACCUCGUUUAUGGUCUCAUUGAGUAUCCUGGUUGGUAUGACCAUUCGACGAUUUGGAUAUCAAAAGACAGCCUUUGUAGGUGCCAUUCUUAUGGGCCUGGGCGAAUUCUUGGCCAGUUGGGUGACGGAUCACCUGGCCGGUCUCUUCAUUUGCCAUAGCGUGCUCUUUGGCGUUGGUGGAGGAUUGACGAUUAUGCCUUGUUCUACCGCUCCUCUACGGUGGUUCCGUAAGCAUCGGGGCCUUGCCACCGGCGUCGUCUUUGGAGGAGGCAGUCUUGGAGCCGCAGCUUUGAGCGUUGCCGCUAAUCUUCUGGUAUCAGAGCUUGGUGUGCCAUGGACGCUCCGGAUCUUCGGUCUGCUCGCCUGGGGUAUUUGCGUGCCAGCGGCGUGCAUUCUUCGGCAGCCAACGAGCGCGGCUGCAGCUGUGCCACAACUACAAUGGUAUCGUUUCAGAGAGAGGGCGUUUAUUCUCCUCUUCGUGGGCAGUGGGCUUGGCUGCUUCCCACUGUUCAUUCCGUCAUACUUCAUCCCGAUAUACGCGCGGGCCGUUGCUUCACACCGCGUCGCAGUCAUCAUCCUUGCAAUGUGGAACGUAGCAUCGACCGUGGGACGCGUGCUUGCAGGGUUCCUGGCCGAUACGGUUCUGGGACCAUUGAACAGUCUCAUUCUAUCCCUGCUUUUGGCCGGUGUGAGUGCGCUAGCCAUCUGGCCUUUCGCCAACUCCGUCGCCGUGCUGUCGGUAUUCAUUGUACUCAACGGACUUGGAUGUGGUGCCUUUUUCAGCCUGAUCCCGGCUGCUGUUGGGUCAAUGUUUGGCGUCAAAAAUACCAUGGGUGUCUUGCCGAUCCUGUGGGCUGGAUGGUUCUUCGGCUACUUCUUUGGUUCGCCGAUCGCCGCGGGGAUUUAUUCCUUGUCCAACAAGGACGCUGGCACUGCUGCCUAUAGACCGGCUGCCUAUUACGCGGGCGGGAUAUCCAUCGUUGGUCUUUUGUUCGUGGUUGCAAUCCGCUGCCUGUAUUCCCGCAAAAUCUUCGCUCGAGUAUGA